GGAAGUCUACGAAGAAACGAGAUUUGUUCGCCUUCCGGCACCUGCUCACGUCACACCUGCCUUUUCACACAGCGCCUGCGGAUGCCUGUGGCAACGCACACCGUGGAGCUCUACGGCGGGGCCAUGCGUGUCCGCCUGCCCACCUCCAUGACGGACGCCUCUGAUUUUCGUCAGGUACCCGACAAUCAGGAGGUUUACACCGACGCCGACACCGGCGCCUCGCUCAUUGUCGAGCUGCUGAGCCGUCAGCACAACGUGGCCAACGCGGACGCAGGAGCCUUCUUCUACCACGAUCUCGCCAAGGAUAACGGGUGCCCGCUGGACCAAAUUGAAGGGGAGGCGACGAUCGAACUCCCACCUAACGCCUACCCGCUCCUGUCAGCAUCGCCGUCCGGUUCGAGUGGGGCACAGCGGUGCGACUACGCGUGCCUGACCACGGGGCUGCAGCGCAUUUCAAAGUACACGAACGAAGCGGGAAGAGAGAAUGACGUCUUCGUGGGUCUGGCGGUGCUGCGCUUCACGGCGCCGCUGUCCACGGAGAUACUGGUGUCCUUCUCUUGUCCGACGCGUGUGCAUCCUGACAGUUCCGAGGCUAAAGUCGUAAAGAGACUUCUUACCGAGGCGGAGCGACAAAGCACGCUGCAGCAGGCCAUUGCCUCUCUAGAGGUAGUGGAGUGGGGACUGUUUGUGCCGGAGGAAUGA